AUGUCGAACUUGAGAUUUUCAAGCGGUCGGAACUUUUGUUGUGUGUAAGUUAAUAUUAUGUUUGUUUCUUGUUGUUUUUGGUAUCAUUAUCGAUGUACUAUGAUGGGAGAUGGUUUAGAAGAAGCGGUAUUUUAGACUUUAUAAGAUAAUAAGGCGGAUUUUGAUUUUUGUUACCUAAAAUUAUUUAAAUUUGGUUUGUUACCUAAAACAAGGAGAACUUGGUUUUUGUCACCUAAAAUAAGAAGAAUUUUGAGCUUUGUUACCUAAAAUGAGAAGGAUCUUGAGCUUUACCUGAAACGAGGAAAAUCUUAAUUUUUGUUACCUAAAAUAUCAAGAACCUUCAUUUCGCACAUAAAAUUCCGAAAAAUUUCAAUUUUGUUACCUAAAAUCGUCUUUUACUUUUCCUAAACCACAUCUCUUCAAAUCCGCACAUUUUCAGAAAGUCCAUAUCGAAACAGAAGGCCAUUAUAACCCUGUUGGUACUAUGUCUAGUUAUGGUACUAUUUCGAGGUCAGCUAAACGGCAUCUUCAAGAAGUAUACCAGGAAUCGGCUUAUGAGAAAGGAAGGUGUUAUUUACAAGUUUAUCAAGCUGAAUUCCAGUCGAUUGGCUGAUAAAUUGGUUGUUGAGGGUACUGAUAAAGAUGGUAAACUUGAGGAAGAGGCAAUUGGUACUGAUAAUGGUGCUGGUGGUACAGACGGGGAGUUACAUGGUCAAAAGCUGCAACAAGAUGAUACAGGAGAUGAAAUACAAGGUGAUAAGGGUAAAGUCACUUCUGGUGAUACUGGAACGAAGGAUGGACGUGUAAAGAAGGAUGGCUCAGUUGGUACACUUAUGGAUUCUAAAUUGAAGAAGCAUGGUACAGCUGAAGGAAAGGUUGAACAAACUGUUAGUGGUGCUACUGGUGCAUUUGGUACUAAAGACGAUGGUAGAAUUGUUAAAAAGGCUAGCUUAAAAAAUGACACUCAGGCUAAUGGAACAAAUAGUACACCUUCUAAUGGGCCAAGUGAUGCACAGACUGAUGGAACGAAUGGUACAUUGGCUUCCGGAACAAAUGGUACCAUUUCAAGUGCGAAUACUAGUGCAAUAUUAGUUGGAUCUGAUGAAGACGACUCUGUUGGAUCUUUCUUUGAAGUAUUCAAGAGGAAGUGGCUCCGCAACUCCAAGAAUCAUCAAUAUUCAUCUAACACAACAUUGGAUAUCGAGGCCGACCCAAUGACGUCAAAGCAAAUCAACAAACUUUACCUAGAGCUAAUUGAAAACGCCAACAAAACUAGUGCAUUGGAUUUGGAAAAUAUGCCUGGGGGUGUUGGAAAUAAUACGACGAAGAAGAUACUACCAUAUGGAAGUGGAAAACGUGUCAAAAUGGGUGAAUGUAAACCGAUUUAUGGAAAGAUCGGAGUCUUUGUGGCGUUCCGCAAGUUGGAGUAUGAAAAGUAGGUCUGGCUUUGAAGUGCUACAGGAUUUUUGAAGGUUUUAUGGUUAGGGAUGCGGGUUGGGUUAGGGGUUGAAAUACGGGUAGGUGUAGAGGUAAAGGUACGUGGAGAGCUGUGCGUUAGCGUUGGAUGGACGAGAGGAAAGGGUGGGGUAGGAUAAAGGAUGGUAGUGUAGAGUAGGGUAGGGUACAGUAAGCGACUGCACGUUAGUGUAAUUUAAUGUCAUGUUUUUUUAGAUACAGUAGAAUAGCGUAGGCUAUAGUGAGUUACAAUACGGUAUGGUAGGCUAUAGUAAGGUAGUGUAGGAUAGGACAGGGUAGGUUUGAGUAAAGUACGGAAAUUUAGGGCAAAGCAAGGUAAAUUAGAGCAGGGAAUAUAGUUUACGAUAGUUUAUGGUAAGGUAGGUGUCUGCUGUGGUAGGGUAAGAUAUUAAAUGGGAGAGUAGGGUAGGGCACGGUAAGGUAGGGUAGGUUAGGGUAUGGUAUGGUAGGGUAGUGUAAGGUAGGGUAGGGCAGGGUAGAGUUGGGUAAUGUAGGGCUGGUUUGGGUAGGGUAAGGUAGGGUAGGGUGCAAUAGGGUAUGGUAAAGUAGGAUAAAGUAGGAGAGGUGGUGAUAGGGGGUGCAAAUUCGUUUUCUUUCACAAAACUACCUCCUUCAGAAUGUACAAAAUAGCCAAGGACACCCUAGCCUGUUACCUGAAGUCUACCAAUUAUACCGUCUUCUACGUGGACAUCUUCAACGAUACCGAGGUCACAAAACAAUGCAACUAUGCCAACUUAUUCUUCCAAAAGCAUUGCGCUGCUUCAGUUUAUCUGAAGAAAGUCGACUGGUUGAUGGUGCUGGACGCUGACACGGCCGUGAUCAAUCCGAAUCAUUGUAUUGAGGAAUAUAUUGAUGAAAGAGUGGAUGUGAUCCUGUAUGAACGAUUCUUUAAUUUCGAAUUUGCUAGCGGAAAUUACCUGGUUAGUUGAUGGGCGGGGUAAAAAAAUGUUUGGGUGGAAGCGGUGCGUAGGUAAGGGUAGCGUAUGGUGAGAUAGGGUAAGGUAUGGAGCGGGAAAGGGAUUCGAGGAAGUAAAAAGUUUUUUUUGCUUUGGUAGGGUUUGUUUUUAAAUUUUUUUGGGCGGGGUAAAAAAAAUUUUAAGGGGGGGGGAGGUGGAGUGUGGAUUUUUAAUUUUUUUGUAAAACAAGCUUUUUUUUGAAAUGAAAGGGUUUUUUGGAAAAACAUUUUUGGGCGGGGUAAAAAAAACCUUUUUGGGGGUGGUGGGGGUGAGGUUAACAAAUUUUAUUUUUUGAAGGACAAGCUUGUUUUAAAACGAAAUUUUUGAUUUUGAAAAAAUAUUUUUGGGCGGGGUAAAAAAAAUUUUUUUGGGGGGUGGGAUAGAAAAUUUUUUAUUUGUGAAUGUACUCUCUCAAUACUUUUUUUAAUAUUUUUCUUACUGAAAAAUUAAAUUAUUCUUGUUUAGGUAAGAAACACACCAUUCGGUCACAAAUUCCUAUUGGAAUGGGCAGAACACGACAAGCUACAGGCAACAAAAGGAUUUUCUGGAGCUGAUAAUGGUGUCAUACAUGUAAGUUUUUUGGGUUUUUUAUUUGUCUUUAGUGAUAUUUUGGGUUACAUGGGUUAAUGUGGCAAGAACUUCCUUUCCAGAUUGUAAAAUGGCAAAAAAUUUUUUUACAAAUUAUAAAAUGGCAAAAACUUUGUUUACAAAGCAUAAAAUGGCAAGAACUUUCUUUACAAAACUUAAAAUGGCAAGAACUUUUUUUACAAAGCAUAAAUUGGCAAGAACUUUCUUUACAAAACAUAAAAUGGCAAGAACUUUCUUUACAAAACAUAAAAUGGCAAGAACUUUUUUUACAAAGCAUAAAUUGGCAAGAACUUUUUUUUACAAAACAUAAAAUGGCAAGAACUUUCUUUACAACACAUAAAUUGGCAAGAACUUUCUUUACAAAACAGGAAAUGGCAAGAACUUUCUUUACAAAACAGGAAAUGGCAAGAACUUUCUUUACAAAACAUAAAAUGGCAAGAACUUUCUUUACAAACUAGUUUUCAGAUUCACGUAUUAAAGUUAGUGAUGCCAGAAGCGUUGAAUGAAAUCGCCACCUGCUUGGACGUAUAUUACACUCAACGAAACCUUCAAGAGUACUAUGGCUACGUAUAUUGUGUUAGGAAUGUGCUUGGUGCGAGCCGCUUUUUCCCCGGUAAAAUACGAAUCUUGAGAAGAGGGCUGGCCUUUGUCAGAGAUGGAUUCUUCACGUACAAUCACUUCUGCGCCAGAGACUUUAUGUUCCAUGGCAUCAAAGAGAAUGAUGUCGGGAAAGUUCGGUUCGGAACUCCAUUGGCGGUGAGAUUUUUAAAAUUUUUUGUGAAAAAUGGUUUUUAUGGGGGGGGGGGUUUGUUUUUAGUGACAGAGGGUAGGUAGCUCUUUGUUAAUGAGAGCUUUUCCAUAUUAUAGCCUCGUCCUAGCUUUACAUUAAGUUUACCCCCCCCUUCUCCCACCAUCCCCCUAACUUUACUGCAAUUUUGUAUUAGGUUGUUCAAAUAAUUCUGUGCUCUUAAUUGGGGAAGUUUCUUUGAGAGGUAAUCCUAACGUAGCUUUGCUUAACUAUUGUGGCCUUAGUCCAGUAGUGCUCUGGAGCUGUCCUACCUUUUGGUUGCUCUAGUUUUGGGCUUAGCUUACUAUGCUUUUGGCUUGCCCUACUGUAGCUUAUAUAUAAUUACCUUACGCUAUCUUACUCUACGGUACUUGGCUCUACUCUACCCUAUUCUGCUUCAUCUGGCGUUAUCCUACUCUGCUUUACGCUACCCUAUCUUUCCCUACUCUAUCUUACUUUAAUCUAUAGUACUCUGUCCUACCUUACUCUACUUUACCUUAUCUUAAACUAACUACUCUACUUUACUCUAACUUACCUUAUCUAUCCCUACUCUACUCUAUAGUACUCAACCCCACUUUACUGUGCUUCACUGUAGCUUACAAUACUCUACCCUAAUUUACUCUACUUUACCUUAUCUUACUUUACCUUACCCUACCUCACUCAACCUUACUAAAAUAAUUUUUUAAAUCCCAGAAGCCAGUUGACUUGGAACAAUGUGGCACCGGCGGUUACAACGGAUGGUACAUGGAGCAGAGCAUGCAAGUCCCGUGUAAAAAGAUGAGAGAAUACAUUAAAAGUUACGAGAGUUAUUACAGGAAGGGCGCCCCAAAGCAAGGCCGAAUGAUACCGUUCCUGGAUGCGUACGACGUCGGAAAGUGCUGGCCAACCUGCGAUUUUAAUUGA